UAGUUAAGAUUGAUAUAUUCAGAAUCAAUCCCAUGCAUAUAAAUGUUGUGUAGCGAUUCCAUUAGCAUUAUUGCAAGAACAGCCGUUCACUAUGACUCUUCUCACCUACGCCCUGACAAGGAUUGACUUGCUAUUGUAUUUUACAGUCUGCAUUGUAUUUUUUUUCUACUGGAUUAAUGGAUCUAAGAAGAGCAAUGGAAAGAUGCCUCCAGGCCCUAAACCUUUUCCUAUCAUUGGGAACCUCAAUCUGGUGGACCUGAAAAAGCCACACGAGUCACUAAUGGAGCUCCAUGAAAAAUAUGGAGAAAUCUUCACUGUACACUUUGGACCCAAGAAAAUUGUGGUGAUUGCUGGAUACAGGGCUGUGAAGGAUGCCCUGGUCAACCAAGCUGAUGAUUUUGGAGAAAGAGCACAGGCCCCAAUUUCUAGCCUAAUAAGUAAUGAAAAAGGCAUUGUGUUUAGUAAUGGAGAACUUUGGAAAGUCAUUAGGAGAUUCGCACUCUCAACUCUUCGAGACUUUGGAAUGGGAAAGAAAACAAUAGAAGACAAGAUACAAGAGGAAUUAAUUCCUCUUAUAGAAAAUUUCAAGUCACACAAUGAAAAACCAUUUGACACAAACCUCAUAACAAACUGCGCAGUGUCUAAUGUUAUCUGCUCCAUUAUUUUUGGGGAACGGUUUGAAUACAAUGACUCGACAUUUAAAAAACUUGUUUGUAUAUUGGGUGAAAAUGAGAAACUGUUUGGCUCACCUAAGGUGAUGCUAUAUAACUUUUUUCCUAGAAUCUCAUCCUUUUUUGGAACACAGAAACAGAUUGUGCAGAAUUAUAAUGAUCUCAAAGAGUUUGUUUUAAAGCGCAUCAAACAACAGAGACAAGCAUUUGAUGCGAAUGCAAUUUCUGGAUAUAUAGAUGCAUACCUUCUGAAACAAGAACAGGAGUCAGCCAAAGCUGAAACAUACUUUGAUGAUGACAAUCUGGUGUACUCAGCUCUGGAUCUCUUUGGAGCUGGGACUGAGACAACAUCUACAACACUACGCUGGGGCAUGUUAUUGAUGAUGAAGUAUCCAGAAAUACAAAAAAAGGUACAAGAAGAAAUACGGACAAAUAUUAAACAAGGUCAGAUGCCUACAGUAGAGGAUCGGAGGAAUAUGCCUUAUACUGAAGCAGUAGUACAUGAAAUUCAGAGAUUCGCUAAUAUUGUUCCUUUGAAUGUGUCACACACAACUCCAAAUGAUGUGUAUUUCCGAGGUUACUGCAUCCCAAAGGGUACAGAGGUCAUUCCUUUCCUCACAUCUGUUUUGCAUGACAAGACUCAGUGGGAAACUCCUUGUGAGUUUAAUCCGAAUCACUUUUUGGAUGCUAAUGGGAAAUUUGUAAAACGAGAUGCAUUUAUGCCCUUUUCUGCAGGAAGAAGAGUUUGUGUUGGUGAAAGUUUAGCCAAAAUGGAGCUUUUCCUGUUUUUUACUGGCCUUCUGCAAGCCUUCACUUUCUACCCACCUCCAGGAGUCUCCCGAGAGAAUAUAACCCUUGAGCCCGGCACUGGAUUCAUUUCAGUCCCUUUGCCACACUUAGUAUGUGCAAAGCUCAACUACUAAUCCAGAUCCACAGCCAAGAAGUGACAAAAAGAAAUCUAAAUUUUCUCAAGAAUGGAUGAAAAUUUUCCUUGAAGGGAACGUAUAGUCUUUUCAUUGUUUCUUUUUUGAUAAACGCGUAGAUCCCUAAAAAAAACACCUUGUCCCAUAUUCUCAGUGACGUUACGAUGGAGUAUCUCAGGAUACUCCAUCGUAACUCCCUUUUUU